UAGUUAUUGUCACCUUUACUAUUAUCACAAUUGCAUCCAGCACCAAGAUCCCCUAGCCUUCAAAAUAAAAGCUCAGAUUCUUUUCACAACAGGUCCUAUUUACGAUUUUAAUCAAUACCCCCCUUUCUUUUUUAAUAAGAAAAUUACAAAUGACAGAAAAUAUUGUAAAAAAAAAAAAAAAAAGUGUUUAUUUUAGUCAUCCUGUCUGUGAGGUGUUUCAGGGCCAUGCAAUGACCAUUUUUGUUUCAUUACAAGAACAUAGUCAUAAUAUUAGCCAAGAAAAGCAAUUUUACCAGAAAAAUGUCUUAAAAUGUUGGCUUUAAACUUAAUCUUGGAGCUUUGGGUUUCUAAGUGUCCGUCUGUGUUGCAGCUUCGGUGUAACUGUGAUGGAGAGGAGCCACAGCCUGACUUUGCAGAAACUCGGAGGAAUCCAUAACUACGCUGUGAUCACUGUAGACGAAAGCACAGCUAUCGUCAUUCAGGAGCAGGGUGAACUGGGUCAAGACCGAGCCAGUGAGAGGCUGGUGAUGAGGCUGACCGCUCUCUCUCUGCAGUACAGCUGCUGCUGGCUCGUCCUGCACUGCCCUGACAGCCGAGGCGGAGGGUUUUCAAGCGAAACCUUCAACAACUUGGCGUUGGUUUAUUCGUCUCUGGUUUUGUUCGGCAUGAAGUCCGAGGACCUGGAUGUGAAGGUGCUGAUUGUGUCAGAAGUGUUGGAAAUGGCCGAGUUUAUCAAUCAGAUCUGCUUCAGCUCCCUGAUGUCCAAAUAUGGAGAUCCUGUGAGCUACCUGGACAGAGACUGGCUGACGGUCAGCCCCUCUCAGGAGGAGGCGUGUCUGUCCCAGUUCCCGUGUGUCAGUCCUCUGGUCGCUCAGCUCAUGCUGAGCAGAGCUCCCUCCCUGCAGUGGCUCCUGGGGGCCGACCUGCCGCAGCUGUCACAGUUACUUCCUGAAGUCCCACAGAAAGUCCUUAAGCUGUUCAGUGACAUCACUUCCUUGUACUUGAGCAACUCAGAGCCAGCAACCCCUCAGAUUAAUGAGAGCGGUUCUGAACAACCCUUCAGAACCGCUCAGACCUUCGGCGCCGAGUCCGAGUUCAUGAACCUUCUGCACCCAGAGCCUAACAGCAGCUUCCUAUGUGGAGCUACGAACCCAGACCUGUUCCCCAACCAGAACCCAGACUCUUCAAACUUCAAACUGGACCUGAACGGUUCCUUUGGGAGUCCUGUUAAGGCCUGGACCGGUCCAGAUCCCUGGAAGGAGGAGGAGAUGCCUCCUGUCUGGAGAGGCAGAGCUGGAGCGGCAGGGAGAGUCGUGGAACGGGCCGGUGAUCUGUGGGCGCCGAGAGAUUCCCCAGACAUUUCAUACCUUCAGACAGCAAACAGCCCGGUUCUACUGGAUUCUCGGUUCAGUUCCAGUCACACUUCCUGCAGUGACCUCCAGCAUCCCCAGAGCGCUCACUUCAUGUUCAGUCAGAGCCCUCCUAUGGCGGCUAUCUUGGAUCAAAGCCGUCACAGUUUGACCAGCAGCGGUUCUUCUUUUGGACCCAAGUUCUGGAGCGGCGAGGAGAGGAAGAGGAGCGGAGACACAGCUGGUCUGGUUGGAUCAGUGCUGACGCCGCUGAAGAGGGGAAGGCUGAGCUAUGAGAGAGUUCCUGGCAGAAAGGACGGACAGACGAGGCUUAAACUGUUUUAAUCUUCUUUUAAAAAUGAGAUUUUCAUUUUAUCGGAGCUGUAAAUGUUUCCAACAUUAUUGUUCCUUAUUUAAGAGUUUUACCAUUUCCACUUUAAAAGGUAAUAAUAAAAAAUGAAUUCAAAUGUAAUUAAACUUAGUUAAUUCAGUAGCUGUGAUGUAAAACAUGUCACUCAUAUAUGAUUGUAAUUUAAAGAUUUUCACAGAAAAGAUUUAAUAAAAUGAGGUCAGCUUGG